AUGUCGUCCUCUAGUUCCUCCUCCCAGAACGACAAACCCAUCGCUUCCGACACCGACCUCAUCGUGGCAGCCCUCAACAACCCGCAGCACAUCCAAAAGAUCGUCAGCGAAGCCAUCAUCCUCGGCGGAGGCGCCGCCGCCAUCCUCCUGCAAGUCGCACACCCAGGCGUCGCAAAGGGCGUGAACUACCACUCCAGCUUCGCAACCCGCCCGGUCGACCGUCUGCGCACUACAAUGACCUACGUCUACAGCAUGCUGUUCGGGACCCCGGCCGAGAAGAAGAAGAUCAUCGAGCUCGUGCACCGGGCACAUGCUUCCGUCACCGGACCCGGUUACACGGCCGACGACCCCGGUGCUCAGCUUUGGGUUGCUGCGACACUAUACGCGGUCGGCGUCGACUUAUACGAGUCGAUCUUUGGCGUCAUGGAUGAUGAAACUGCGGAGGCAGCAUACCGGGAGUACGUUGUCCUGGGUGCAUCGCUUCGCGUUCCUGUCGAGAUGUGGCCGCCAACCCGCGAGGCAUUCUGGAUCUACUGGGACGAGCAACUAGCGACUUUCGAAAUCUGUGAUGAAGCAAGAAGCGUUGCGCAUGAUUUGCUCUACAACCCAAAGAUACCAUUCUAUUUCAAGGCGUUGAUGCCAACCCUUCGGCUUGUGACGGCUGAGCUGCUGCCGGAGAGACUGAGGAAGGAGUACGGGUUGAAGGCCAGCAAGGGACGCAAGAGGCUGUACAAGUCGACGAUGGUAUUGACUAAAGCGACAUAUCCGUUCCUGCCCAGGGUCCUUCGGACAUACCCUGUCCGAUUCUAUAUGAAGGACAUGCGGAAGAGGAUGGCCAAGUAUGGGGAGGCGCAGAGGAAGAUCUAG